CGUGUUGGGAGGAAUAUGACCGCAGCGCGGCGAACCGCCUGAGUGGGACUUCUCACACACCUUGGUUUGUUCGCUGCACUCAUCAAUGUUUACCCUAUUUAACUGUAUAAAUAACGGCGGCUUCUGAACACAGAAAAGCAGAUCAGACGGUGAAGUUGACAGCUUGGAUGUGGCACAGCACUACAGUUACCCAAAGAUGACGGAAGAGGUGAUCGUCGUCGCCAAGUUUGACUACAUUGCCCAGCAGGAGCAGGAGCUGGACAUCAAGAAGAACGAGCGUCUGUGGCUGCUGGAUGACUCCAAAUCCUGGUGGCGGGUGCGCAAUGCCACCAAUCGGACGGGCUUUGUGCCGUCUAACUAUGUGGAGAGGAAGAACAGUGCUAGGAAGACCUCCAUUGUGAAGAACCUCAAGGACACCCUAGGAAUCGGGAAGGUCAAGAGGAAGCCCAGCAUGAGGGACACGGCCUCCAACGCCGACAGCGAUGUCUUCUCUGACAAUGGAGAGCGGCUGUAUGACCUGAACCUGCCAGCACUGGUGAAGUUUAGCUAUACAGCUGAGCGUGAGGACGAGCUGUCGCUGGUGAAGGGCACGCGAGUCAUCGUCAUGGAGAAAUGCAGUGACGGCUGGUGGCGGGGCGGCUACGGUGGCCAUGUGGGCUGGUUUCCCUCCAACUACGUGACGGAGGACCCCGAUGGAAUGGCGGCAGGCGACCCGGCCGCCUCGUUGACGGAGAAGCUGGCAGCCGCAGUGCAGAGCGCCAACGGCAAUCGCGUGCUUCACGUGGUGCAGGCUCUCUACCCCUUCAGCUCCGGGAACGAGGAGGAACUGAGCUUCGACAAGGGCGAGGUUAUGGACGUGGUAGAGAAGCCGGAAAAUGACCCCGAGUGGUGGAGAUGCCGCAAGGCUGACGGCCAGCUGGGCCUGGUGCCAAAGAACUAUGUGACGAUCCUGCAGAACUCCCAGGGUGGCCCGGGGAACGGCGGCCCGCCCACACCCGACUGUGACUACAUCGAGCCAUCGGCGAGCGGCAGGUUUGCCGGAAAACAGUGGUACUACGGCAGGGUGACCCGGCACCAGGCGGAGGUGGCACUGAACCAGCGCGGUGUCGAGGGUGACUUCCUCAUCAGGGACAGCGAGUCCUCGCCCAAUGACUUCUCCAUCUCCCUGAAGGCCCAGGGUAAGAACAAGCACUUCAAGGUGCAGCUGAAGGACAGUCUAUACUGCAUUGGCCAGCGCAAGUUCAGCUCCAUGGAAGAGCUUGUGGAACACUACAAGAAGGCUCCCAUCUUCACCAGCGAGCAAGGGGACAAACUGUACCUGGUCAAAGCCCUGUCCUGAUCCUGAGCUGAUGACUCCCCCAGAUGUUUUGUUUCGCCCACAUCCCAUGGGUGGUAAUAAGUCAUUUCAGAAAGAGAAUCAGAAUGUGAGCUUUUUCUGUGGACUCCUGCGUAUCAAAGAACCCGACAUACUCGAUUAUUUUCCAAUGAUUUCAUUUUGGGAGUUGUGUUUAGGUCAUAGAUAUGUAUGUAUGUUGACCAGAGCAUUUAUCAGCUACAAUUUAGUUUUGUUAAUGUAUACAUAUAUAAAUAUAUAUUCAUUUUAAAGCUUGCCUUUCUCAAACGGAACCUCCCAGGACUUUGUGGGAGAGUAGAGUCUGAGGGGGUGUGGUUUAUGAAGUCAGUGGACUCUGGGUUCCAUUAGGAUUAUACAUUUACCUUUUCAGCAGUGCUGCCAGACCUGCAUUCUAAUCAUUGAGGAAAAUCCAACCUUGACCAAAACAUGUUUUAUCAGGUUUUUUUUUUUUUUUUUUGUCGAAAUUAACUUAAGGUUGGGUGACUGACAGGUGCUGGGAGUUGGGUGAGUGGGUCCAGGCUGUCAGGGCACUCUGGGUAUGGCCUGCUGUACCAUAGAGUAGACUUCCGCAGCCAGCUGAGAGGUCUAAGAGUUGGCCGAGGAGCUACGUGGGGUGCUGGUGCCGUGUGUUGUAUAGGUUCACCAUGGUCUGAGUUAGAGUUGGGGCAAGGAGCAGGUCAAGAUCCCAGCUCAUGUGCUCCUAGAGAACACGCUGCAGUCCGAUAGCACCGCCCCACACGCACCAACUGUAGCACUAAUCGGAGUGGAGCUCGGCUGCCUGCAAGCUUCUCUGCUGGCUUUGGGACAAAGAGUGGUGGAGGGUCCUGCUGUGGGGAGCCAUUUGCUAGUCUGUGUGUGCUCUCACUGACCUGUCCCUUCGUCACGUUCUUUUUCCCUGUUUUGGACCACAGGUGAGAGGCUCCCUCUCUGGACAAGAGGAGUUCAGUGCCAUUAGUUCAUCUGGGAGGACUGUAACACUGAGCUGCGUGUGUUUGUCCCACUGUACAUGUGACUGGCUUAGCAUUGCCAUAGAACAGCCCCUUCUCAUUGAAACAAUGACUAAUUAGUCUGAGUGUUGAUCCAAGCAGAGAAAAGAGACAAGUAUGCGCGUGCGUGUGUGCAAUUGAUUUCUCACGCUGCUUCAUUCACUUCCAUAUUCACAUCUUGCUUUAUGAUACCCAUUUGCCUUCAGAGAUCACAGAGCUGUGUGUGUACAGCACUUGCCAGUGUUAAAAUCAUUUCCUGUUUGUGACUUUUCUGCACCGCUGCGAAUGUGCGUGUUUCUGCUGCCUGCACUGAAGGUCGACUUGGUAUGAAACCGAACGUAGUGUGGAAAAAUCAUCUUUCUACAUCUCAGAUUUCUCUUUUUACUUCACGAGACAAAAUAUUCUCAUUGUGGCCGCGUUGGGGUAGAUUAGAUUGAGAGGUAAAGUUUUAGAGCAACAUGAUGCUUGUCUGUACGGAAAAAUAUGGUAUUCUUUAGAAUCCGUCUCUGAUUCCAGUGGUGCUUGGGGGGGGGGGACAGCAAAAAAGUCCUUUAUUCUUCACCAGGGACACAAUUUUAAUGAUUUUUUCAUGUGCCUGAGUUGGAAUAAAGAAUGUUUUGGUAGAAGAAAUGGAAAAAAUGUGUGUGUGAAAUGCAGACGGAAAAGUCGAGAAAGCAACUAUGGGGCAAGACAGAGGCCCGAAGUACCACCAGUCCAAGUGAAUUGAUAAAAAGCAGAAAAUGAAAAGCUGCGGAACAAUUUCUGUCCUGCGCAAGCAACACGUCGUCAGUAUUUCAGGAAAACGAUGAGGUCAUGUAGGCAUAGCUUCAGUUGAGGACCACGCUCCUUUUACCAGCACGUUCUCUUCUAGGUUUCAUCCUUCCGCCUAUGGAGAGCAGCAGCUCAUCCUCAGUUUAGAAAAUCUGAGUUUCUUAGGAGAUUAAGUGACCUUAAUUUAUUAUAGCUUAUUUCAUUAAUGCGUAUGCGCUCAGAUGAAAGCUUGCAGUAGGAGAAGGAAGUGUCUUGUUGUCUCAAGGAGUGUUCUCUAGGAGCUCUCUUUCAGUUCCACUUCAAGCAUUUCAAUAACUGUCGUCCGUUUGGUGGGUGAGACGCAGAGUUGGAUGAGUCACGUUCAUUGGUUUCUUUAUUUCUGUGCAACAAUGCUGAUUAGGUCAUCAAAAAAAAAAA